AUGAAUUUUUAACCGAGUUCUUUAUUUAAUCACAAUCUAAAAUGGGAAUUACUGAAUGAGAAACCUUCAAGUGAUUUUAAGACUUUGUAAUUAUAUGUUUUUUCUAAUAAGAAGAAGGAAUUUCAGUUUAAGACUUUAAUAAAAACUGGCUCAAGAAUCCUGAAGUAAUGUAAAAAUGUAAAAUAAUUCUUUAUAUAGGAAGAACAAAAUCAAGUAUUUGGAUGUCAAAAAUUGUGUAUUAAAAAAAAUUCAUCAUUAUUAAAAUGGAGAUGGGAUUUAGAUUACUUCAGGUAAUUUUCAAUUUGAAUUCUAUGGUUAAAUUACAGAAUGGUUUGAGUAAUUGAAAUUACAUUGUAUAUAAGUUGAUUUCUUAAACAAUUAUAAUAUUGGAAACCUAAUAGGCAAAGGUACAUAUGGUAAGGUACAUAUUAUUUAUAUUUUAAAAGGUCUACAAAGCUAUUCAAAAAUAAAAUAAAAGUGAAUAUGCAGUUAAAACUUUUGAUAAAAGCAAUUUAUAAAAAUAGAUAGAGAUUGAUGCAAUAUUAAGAGAGAUUGAUAUUCUUAGAAUUGUAUAACAUCCUAGAGUUAUUAAACUUUUGGAAACUUAUGAAAGUGAAACACAUAUAUUUGUGGUUUAUGAAUUGUUAAAAGGUGGAGAAUUAAAGUAAUUAAUGAAUGAGAAGAAACUAAAUUAAGACCAGUGUGUUUCAAUUAUUUAUAAAAUCAUAGAUGCUUUGGCUUAUAUUCAUUCAAAAGGCAUUAUACAUAGAGAUUUAAAACCUGAAAAUUUAAUAUUUCGUUAUGCAUAAAACAUAGAAGAUAUUGUAAUAGCUGAUUUUGGAUUGGCAGACUUUUAUAGAAAAGAUGGACAAUACCUAUUUGCUAGAUGUGGAACAGCAGGAUAUUUAGCACCAGAACUUAUUAUGAAUAAAAUAUAUGACUAUAAAGUAGAUGUCUAUAGUGUUGGUAUAGUAUUUUAUAUGUUAAUUAAUGGAGGAAAGUCUCCAUUUGAAAAGAUUGAUUAUGCAACUUAAUUAUAAUAAAAUAUGUUAAGCAAUAUAGAUUUGAAGAAAUUAAUCAUUACAAAUGAUUGUUAAGAUUUAUUAUCAAAAAUGAUAGAUUCAAAUCCUUAAAGUAGAAUAACAUCUUAAUAAGCAAAGAUACAUUUAUUAUUUCAUAAAUAGCAUGAAAAAAUUGAAAUAUCAACAGCAAGAUUGCCAAAAUCACUUACGAUAUCAUUAAUCGAUACUCCAAAGAUCUAAUCUAUUUAAUCAAGUCGUUAAAAAAAAUAAAGUUUCGUUUAGAUAUCUCAAAGUGCCAAAAAUUCUCCUAUUGAAAUAAAAAAAAUAUAAGGUUAAUAAAACUUUUCAAACGCAAAAUAAAAGUAAUAACAAUGA